GUUUAGAUGUUGUCCUAAAGAGUCCUUGAUCUUGACUCUUGGAGUUCAUUUUUCACUCAAUUUUUUGAACCAAAAAAGCGAAGAACCGUUGUAGAGCGAAUCGUAAGUGGCGCAAUAAUAAUCCUCCGUGAUGCACCGUCCCAACCGCCGCCGAUUCCACCACAUUAUAACCAGUAGCCGCCGCCACUACGCGACCAAAUACAUAGCCAAAAUAACCUCAACUUCCCCGGGCGGUCGCUCCCUCUCCGCCGAAGUCUCCCUUCCUACCGUCGUCACCGACUCUCGCGGCUACCCGAUCCCACGCUACCAACUCAUCUGCAAAGUGACACACAUCCUCACCAAAUCCCAAUCCCAAUCCCAAUCCAACCCUUUCGCCGAUCUCUCACAGUACCUUUCGUCCCUCUCCCCAACCCUCACCACCGAUGAAGCCUCCCUCAUUCUCAAAUCCCUAAGCUGCCCUUCCCUCGCCUUGAAAUUCUUCCACUUUUGCUCCUCCCUGUCCCCCAAUUUCCGCCACGACCCAUUCACCUAUUCUCGUCUCUUCCUCAUCCUCUCCAAAUCCUUGCGCCCCGAUCGCUUCAACACCGUACGGUCGCUCCUCGAUGACAUGGAAAAGUCCGGCAUACGUGGAAACAUCUCCACUGUCAAUAUCCUUAUAGGGUUUUUCGGGAACACUGAGGAUUUGGGCACGUGUAUGAGGCUAGUGAAGAAAUGGGAGUUGAAUAUGAAUGCUUACACUUAUAAGUGCUUGGUUCAAGCUUACUUAAGGUCAUUUGACUCAGGGAAAGCGUUUUCGGUUUAUGGGGAGAUGAAGAGGAAAGGUUACAAGUUAGAUGUCUUUGGUUAUAACAUGUUGUUGAAUGCUUUGGCGAAGGAUGGGAAGGUUGAUCAGACGUACAUGGUUUUUGAAGACAUGAAAAGAAAGCAUUGUGUGCCGGAUGAUUAUACGUACACAAUUAUGAUGAAAAUGAAUGGAAAACUUGGUAGAUGUGAUGAAUCACUGAAACUUUUUGAUGAAAUGGUGUCAAAUGGCUGUUCUCUUAAUUCGAUUACUUAUAAUACUGUGAUUCAGGCACUAGCCAAUGGGCGGAUGGUUGACAAGGUUAUUAGCCUCUUCCGUGAAAUGGUCGAGAAUGGUUGUCGGCCCAGUGAAUUUACAUACAGUGUGAUUCUAAAUGUUUUGGUUGUGGAAGGGCGACUUAAUAAACUAGAUGAAGUUAUUGAAAUAUCAAAGAAAUAUAUGAGUAAGUCAAUAUAUGCAUAUCUUGUAAGGACAUUGAGUAAGCUGGGUCAUGCUAGCGAGGCUCACCGGUUAUUUUGCAACAUGUGGAACUUUCACAAUAAGGGAGACAAGGAUGCAUAUGUUUCAAUGUUGGAAAGCCUUUGUAGUGCUGGUAAAACAACUGAGGCAAUUGAUCUGCUAAGUAAGAUUAAGGAAAAGGGAAUCAAUAGUGAUGCAUUCAUGUAUAACAUGGUAUUUUCUGCACUUGGUAGGCUAAAGCAAAUAUCCCAUCUUCAUGACCUUUAUGAAAAGAUGAAACAGCAGGGUCCUUCACCCGAUAUAUUUACUUACAAUAUUCUAAUCUGUAGCUUUGGAAGGGCUGGGAAAGUUGAUGAGGCUAUCAAAACCUUUGAGGAACUCGAGAAAAGUGAUUGUAAACCUGAUAUUGUAUCGUAUAAUUCUUUGAUCAAUUGCCUCGGGAAAAAUGGUAAUAUUGAUGAAGCUCACAUGAGGUUCAAGGAGAUGCAAGAGAAAGGAUUAAAUCCAGAUGUUGUAACAUACAGCACACUCAUUGAGUGCUUUGGCAAAACAGAUAAAGUUGAGAUGGCUUGUGCACUAUUCGAUGAAAUGUUUGCUGCGGGCUGUUGUCCAAACAUUGUGACAUACAACAUUUUACUCGACUGUCUUGAGAAAACUGGCAGGACUGCGCAGGCAGUAGAUCUGUAUACAAAACUUAAACAGCAGGGGUUAACACCUGAUUCAAUUACAUACGCGGUGCUUGAACGGCUACAAAGUGGGCCACAAAAGAAAUUUAGAGUUCGGAGGCAAAAUCCUAUCACUGGUUGGGUUGUUAGCCCUUUGAAAUAAUGAAAGGCUAGAAAGGUUAGAUUCAAAAUUUACCAUUUUUGCAGUUAACUAUUUGAGCAUUUUGAAUCUAAUAUAUCCCUUGAUAUACUUAAAUAGUUGACUCCCAAGUAGUUAUGAAUCAAGGCUAGAGUAAGUUCGGUUUUAUCAUGUUUAGCUGGUUCAUUGGAGAGGCUUUUUAAAGGGAGAUAUCUUGUUCAAAUGGUGGUGUUGGAGAAUAUCUAAUUUCUUUUUGAUCAGGGGAAGGGGUUGUUGAGGUUCAAACCCUCGUCCUGGUGACAAGCUAAGACGUGAAAGCAAUAGAAGUCUUUUGCUAUUAUACUAGUGGUUUGGUUUGGAGAAUCUCUAAUUGAUUUCUUGGUACAUUGCGUGGAUUAUUUACAAUAGAAGAAGAUUAUAUGCUUGAUUUUCAGCCCUGACUGAUUUCUUGUUCAUUUGCUGCUAAGCUAUUGACAGCCGGAGAAGGUGUCAAUUUGUGUCAACCAUUUCCCAUCGACUAAUAAGAAGUCUGCAAGCCAAGUCUUUAGGUAUGUAAUAUGCAUUUAGCUUUUUGAAUGCUCCUCCCAGGCCUCCUUGCCCUAUACUUUUUUUCCCUUUAAUUAAAUUUUGUCCCCUUGCAAUUUUGUUAAAAGUUGGCGUUGUGUAGGACUCAAACUAAAAUGAUUGCAUUGAAGUUGGAGGAGAGGGUUUUGGGAUUCUUCUUUUGCAAACUUCUAAGUUGCUUUGAGAAUAUUAGUGAGUUGUAUGAUAAACCACACAUAAACGUAACGUUCAUUAUCUUCUUUCUUCAAAUUAUUUAAUAGUAAAUAUUUGUAGAGAUCUGCUUGCAAUUUUCAAA